CUCACCAAUCAACACCAAAGAAAAGAAAAAGUAGAAGAAGACACCACGUAACAAGAAAAGAUAAGGAUUCAUACCCAAUAAGUAGAGCAUUUCAAGUAGUGCAAAACCCUCCCCUGCCAGAACAAAAAUCCAGUGGGAUAUUAUAAAGAAGAUGUAUAGGUUUAGCAACACAGUGAUAGGGUUCUUGAACCUUUUCACACUGCUAGCAUCGAUACCGAUCAUCGGAGCAGGGCUAUGGAUGGCGAAGAGUAGCACCACUUGUGAAAGUUUCUUGCAAACGCCAUUGCUGAUAUUAGGGUUUGUGAUACUGAUUAUAUCAUUGGCAGGUUUCAUUGGAGCUUGCUUCCAUGUGGUUUGGGCACUUUGGGUUUACUUGCUUGUCAUGAUGCUUAUUAUUGCAGCUUUGAUGGGGUUAACUAUAUUUGGAUUUGCGGUGACAAGCCAAGGUGGUGGGCAUGAAAUCGCUGGUAGGGUUUAUAGGGAAUAUAGAUUGGAAGAUUACUCACCAUGGUUGAGGAAUAGGGUUAAAGAUCCUCAGUAUUGGAAUACUAUUAGAAGUUGUUUGUUGAAUUCCAAGACUUGUGGGAAAAUUGCCCUUUGGACUCCUCUUGAUUAUCUUAACAAUGAUAUGACUCCAAUCCAGUCGGGUUGCUGUAAACCACCAACAUCAUGCAAUUACGAGAUGAUGACAAUGGUAGCCCAAAAUCCAGACUGCUAUAGGUGGAACAAUGCCCCAACAGUGCUAUGUUAUGAGUGUGAUUCAUGCAAAGCAGGAGUGCUUGAAUCGGUGAGAAGGGAUUGGCAUAAACUCUCAGUGCUCAACAUUGUCAUGCUCUUGCUUUUGAUUGGGAUUUAUUCAAUUGGUUGCUGUGCUUUCCAAAACACUAAAAGGGCUGAAACUGAUUACCCAUAUGGCCAAAACAGGAUGUCCAAAGUUAGACCAAGAUGGGAUUACUAUUGGUGGAGAUGGUGGCAUGACAAAAAGGAGCAGCUUUAUUAGCUUUUUUUUAAAACAUCUUCCAUAAAACUUUGUUGGUCAAUGUUCUAAUUGUCAUGUAAAGAUGGGACAAUGCACUCGUUUUUCUAUGUAUGAAAUUGCAGCUUUUUUUUUUUCUUUCUUUGCUGAAAAAAAAGUUCUUCAA